AUGAAGAAGCAUCAGAAGAAAGUAGUAGUGGAAAAGGAAAGAAAAAUGAGGAAUGAGGAGAUUAGAAACUGGGCAAAGAGUGAUGACAGUGCUCAGGUGAAGAUCUGCAUCCCAGAGCUGCGUACUUUUAGGGCGUCCCUAACUCCUGAUGGACUUUUGUCCGUGCUUUUGUCUUUUCGAGGGGAGUUCAGGGUUCUUGGUGCUGUUACAGACAUAGAGCUAAAGCGGCUGAAAGAUGCUUUCAAGAGAACUUGUGGACUUUCAUAUUAUAUGACUCAACAGUGCUUCAUCAGAGAAGUUCUUGGUGAUGGAGUCCCUCCGAAAGUUGCCGAGGUUAUCUACUGUUCAUUUGGAGGAAUAUCCAAAGGGCUGCACUUCAAUAACUUGAUAGUCGGAUUAGUUCUACUUACAAGAGGCAAAGAGGAAGAGAAAGCAAAGUACAUUUUCAGUCUCUUUUCUAAUGAAUCUGGGAGUUAUGUUGUCCGUGAAGAGAUGGAGAAGAUGCUGCAUGUGGUUGAUGGGAAAGUCCCAGAGUCACUCAAGAAAUGUUUCUCUGAGGGUGAAAAGGUGAACUACGAGAAAUUCAGGGUUUGGCUGUUGCUCAACAAAGAUGCUUUCACGUUUUCCCGUUGGCUGCUGUCUGGAGGUGUGUACGUGACACUCACUGAUGACAGCGAUACCCCCACCUUCUAUCAGACCCUGGCUGGAGUCACACACCUGGAAGAAUCCGACAUCAUCGAUCUCGAAAAACGAUACUGGCUGCUAAAAGCUCAAUCAAGAACUGGACGUUUUGAUUUAGAAACAUUUGCCCCCUUAGUUUCCCCUCCCAUUCAUCCAUCUCUGAGUGAAGGUUUGUUUAAUGCUUUUGAUGAAAACCGAGACAAUCACAUAGAUUUUAAAGAAAUUUCCUGUGGGCUCUCAGCAUGUUGCAGGGGACCCUUGGCAGAAAGACAGAAGUUUUGCUUCAAGGUUUUUGACAUUGACCGGGAUGGUGUGUUGUCUCGCACUGAACUUAAAGAAAUGGUGGUUGCACUUUUAGAGGUCUGGAAAGAUAACCGUACCGAUAAAAUACCUGAGUUGGACAUGGAUUUGGCUGAAAUUGUAGAAGAUAUUUUGAAUAUGCAUGAUACCACAAAGCUUGGACACCUCACUCUGGAGGACUACCAGAUAUGGAGUGUGAAGAGUGCACUUGCCAAUGAAUUUUUAAAUCUACUUUUUCAGGUCUGUCAUAUAGUUUUGGGACUACGACCUGCCACUCCGGAAGAGGAAGGACAGAUUAUCAGAGGCUGGUUAGAAAGAGAAAGCAGGUAUGGCCUUCAGCCAGGGCACAACUGGUUUCUUAUUGCAAUGCCAUGGUGGCACCAGUGGAAAGAAUAUGUCAAAUACGAUGCAAACCCUGUUGUGAUAGAGCCUUCAUCUGUCUUGAGUGGAGGUAAGAAUUCGCUCGUAGCUGCUGCAGCCAAUACUUCAGAACAGGGAGAAGACAAAAUGGGAGGUCUUAAUUACAUCAGUGCAACAGAAGAAAAGUUUUCAGAUAAUAUUUCUACUGCAUCAGAAGCCUCAGAGACCACUAGCAGCAAUACUCUUUACCCUGGCACUCCAGGAACUGAUGUAUGUUUUGCCAGGCAGCAUAAUACUUCGGACAACAAUAACCAGUGUUUCCUGGGAACCAAUGGAAAUACUUUGCUGCAGCUUAAUCCUCAGAAACCAGGAGCUAUUGAUAACCAACCCCUAGUAACACAAGAACCAGUGAAGGUAAAUGCAUCUGAGUCAUUGAAACUUGACGGUGGAAGAUUAAAGCGAUCUCCACAACUGAUUGAAGGAAAGGACUAUGUAAUGGUUCCAGAACCAGUUUGGAGAGCACUUUACCAUUGGUAUGGAGCAAAUCUGUCCUUGCCCAGGCCGGUGAUCAAAAACAGCAAAACAAACGUGCCUGAACUAGAGCUGUUUCCUCGCUACCUGCUCUUCCUGAGACAGCAGCCUGCCACUCGAACGCAGCAGUCAAACAUCUGGGUGAAUAUGGGGAAUGUUCCUUCACCGAAUGCUCCCUUAAAAAGAGUGUUGGCUUACACUGGCUGCUUCAGUCGCAUGCAAACCAUUAAAGAGAUCCAUGAAUAUCUCUCCCAGAGGCUACGUAUAAAAGAAGAAGAUAUGCGGCUCUGGUUAUACAACAGUGAGAACUAUCUUACUUUGCUGGAUGAUGAAGAUCACAGACUGGAGUAUCUUAAAAUCCAAGAUGAGCAGCAUUUAGUAAUAGAAGUUCGAAACAAAGACAUGAGCUGGCCAGAAGAGAUGUCUUUCAUAGCAAACAGCAGCAAAAUUGACAGACAUAAAGUUCCUACUGAAAAGGGUGCUACUGGAUUAAGCAAUCUGGGUAACACGUGUUUCAUGAACUCCAGUAUCCAGUGUGUCAGCAAUACACAACCUCUAACACGGUAUUUCAUCUCAGGAAGACAUCUUUAUGAACUUAACAGGACAAAUCCAAUAGGAAUGAAAGGGCACAUGGCCAAGUGCUAUGGGGAUUUGGUGCAGGAGUUGUGGAGUGGAACUCAGAAGAACAUAGCACCGUUAAAGCUGCGGUGGACGAUAGCAAAAUAUGCUCCAAGAUUUAAUGGCUUUCAACAGCAAGACUCACAGGAGCUUCUGGCUUUUCUUUUGGAUGGUCUUCAUGAGGAUUUGAACAGAGUUCAUGAUAAGCCAUAUGUUGAACUGAAAGACAGUGAUGGGCGACCAGACUGGGAAGUAGCAGCAGAGGCCUGGGAAAACCAUCUGAGAAGAAACAGAUCCAUUGUCGUAGAUUUAUUUCAUGGGCAGCUGAAGUCACAAGUAAAAUGUAAAACUUGUGGGCAUAUAAGUGUUAGAUUCGACCCUUUUAAUUUUUUAUCCUUGCCUUUGCCAAUGGACAGCUACAUGCACCUAGAAAUUACAGUAAUUAAAUUAGAUGGUACUACUCCAGUUCGAUAUGGCCUGAGAUUGAACAUGGAUGAAAAGUAUACGGGUUUAAAAAAACAGUUAAGUGAACUCUGUGGGCUAAAACCAGAACAGAUUCUACUUGCAGAAGUGCAUAGCUCCAAUAUAAAGAACUUUCCUCAAGACAACCAGAAAGUCCGGUUAUCAGUGAGUGGGUUUCUGUGUGCAUUUGAAAUACCAAUUCCAGGAUCCCCUACAUCAGCAUCAAGUCCUGUGCAGACAGAUGUCUCAACUGGGCCACCAGCGAAUGGAGCACCCAACAUAAUGAUGAACGGGGACCUUCCUAAACCAACCCUAAUUCCAAACGGAAUGCCAAAUACUGUAGUGCCAUGUGGAACAGAGCGUACUGUUGCCAACUGGACUCUCAACGGUCACGUACCCUUACUGCCUGAUAGUCCGUGUACAGGGUAUAUAAUUGCAGUCCACAGAAAAAUGAUGCGGACAGAAUUAUAUUUUCUUUCAUCUCAGAAGAAUCGUCCCAGUCUCUUUGGAAUGCCACUCAUUGUUCCUUGUACAGUUCACACCCGGAAAAAAGACCUGUACGAUGCAGUGUGGAUUCAGGUCUCCAGGCUUGCGAGCCCUCUCCCGCCUCAGGAAGCCAGCAAUCAUGCACAAGACUGUGAUGAUAGCAUGGGAUAUCAAUAUCCAUUCACCCUAAGGGUAGUUCAGAAGGAUGGAAAUUCUUGUGCUUGGUGUCCUUGGUACAGAUUUUGCCGUGGCUGUAAAAUUGAGUGCACAGAAGAUAGAGCAUGUGUUGGGAAUGCUUACAUCGCUGUGGACUGGGAUCCAACGGCACUCCAUCUGCGCUACCAGACGUCCCAAGAACGGAUUGUAGAAGAACAUGAAAGUGUUGAACAAAGCCGACGAGCUCAAGCAGAGCCCAUCAAUCUGGAUAGUUGUCUUAGAGCCUUCACCAGUGAAGAAGAACUGGGGGAGGAUGAGAUGUACUACUGUUCCAAAUGCAAGACCCAUUGUUUGGCCACCAAAAAACUGGAUCUUUGGAGACUUCCCCCUAUUUUGAUCAUUCACCUGAAAAGAUUUCAGUUUGUAAAUGGCCGCUGGAUAAAAUCGCAGAAAAUUGUUAAAUUUCCCAGAGAAAAUUUUGACCCAAGUGCCUUUUUGGUACAAAGGGAUCCAAGUCAUUUUCAGAGAAAGCAGCUAACGCCCCAGGUGGACAGCCUUCCUGAACCACGGACUCUCCAAGGGGAGUCUAGAAAAAUAGAUCUGCAGAUCACCUGCACGCCCGGAGAAGGAGAUGCACUGAACAGAAGUCCAUCCUCCCUUAACACUACUGUCUUGAAUAAUAUCAAAGCAUCUCCGUCUUUGGGGAGGAAAAGUGGAACCAGCUGUCCUUCAAGUAAAACCAGUAGCCCCAAUAGUAGCCCAAGGACUUUAGGAAGAGGUAAAGGGCGCCUGCGGCUACCGCAGCUGGGCAAAACCAAACUGUCGAGUAGCAAAGAAAAUCUGGAUGCAAGUAAAGAGAACGGUACUGACCAGGAGCAGAGAUUUACUUUGGAUCAAGGUGAUGCUCUUACUCGAGGGCGGAUUUUGGGUGGUAGCCAGAGUGAACUGUACAGUGCUCAGGACAAUGAGACGCCUCUGGUGAACGGAUACACCUGUGAGCAGAACGCGUGCAGUAAUGGCAGUAUCAACGGUCAAACUGAUAACCACAGCGAGGACGAUACUACAGAUGACCAAAGAGAAGAAGUAUGUGUUAACCCUAUUUACAAUCUAUAUGCAAUUUCGUGCCAUUCAGGAAUUAUGGGAGGGGGUCAUUAUGUCACUUAUGCCAAAAACCCGAACAACAAGUGGUACUGCUACAAUGACAGUAGCUGUAAGGAAUUGCAUCCCGAUGAAAUCGACACCGACUCUGCCUACAUUCUUUUCUACGAGCAGCAGGGGGUAGACUAUGCACAAUUUCUGCCAAAGAUAGACGGCAAAAAGAUGGCAGACACGAGCAGCAUGGAUGAAGAUUUCGAGUCCGAUUAUAAGAAGUACUGUGUUUUACAGUGAGCAGAUGAUCUUCCAUGGACUGUUUUGAGAAUGUGAGGGAUAACAUCCUGAAACUUAACAUUUGGCGAAAACGUUACUGAAACAGAUAACCCAAGUGUAGUUAUGGUAUCCUGUGAUCUGAAAGCACAAAAAGAAAACCCUAAUUAAAUAGCAGUUAAUAUAGAGAUAGUAUUGUUUUGUUCUGUUAUCUCACUACAUGCUCUAAACAUUUCUGAUGUGAGACAUCAGGCUGAGACUGCCAUUGGCCUUUAAAUAAAAUGGUUUGAGAAAAGCCAACUAGGACCAAAUAAGAGCUAAAUUAAAUAGUCCAAAUAAGAGCUAAACAAAGUAGUGUAGAGUUUACCAACUGUUCUAACAGACCCCUGAGUCUCUCUUUAGAUUUAAGAUAAUGGGGGAAAAAAAAUUUGUAGUGUUGUCUUUGGACAACAUGAUAUUGCUACCUCCUUUUUCCUGCAGUUUUAUUGCAUUUUAUUGGCAAAACAGGGAAAGCAAGAGAAUGAGAAGUGCACAAAUUUAAAGAAUUGUCAUCAAGAGGAAGAGAAGUUUCCAGUUUUGCUGCCACUAACGUGUGUCAGUUGCUUGCUUUCUGUAUGUUGGGAGCACAACCAAAUCAUAAUUUGAGAAGAGGUUAAUUUCUGCAGUUGAAUGGUU